UCCGAACUAGCGAAAUCCUGGGCCGCAAAAGCAGAGUGCGCGAACUUAACCACUCGGCCACGGGGCUGGCCCCUCAUAAGAUGUUUUUUAGUGUUAAACAAACCUCUUGUUUCUGGGGUAAGCCCACAUCUGGUGUGAUGUUACAUGCAUCACGUAUAUAACAUACAUCGUUGGAAUGAGUUUACCAAUGUUUUAAGAUAUUUACACCUUUGUAAGUGAGACUGUCCUGUAAUUUUUCUUUCUCCUAUCUGUGACUGAUUUUAUUUUCUGAUCUCGGUGAUACCAGUCUUACAAAAUGAGUUGCUGUCUCCCACUUUUUAUGUUAAUUUUUAUCUACACAAGCACAAAACUCUACUGAUAUGUAACAAGCGGAUUGCUUGGAAGCAGUUCUGGGUGGACUCGGGGUGGUGGGUGUGGGGCCCAUGAACUCCGAGUCUCCUGCUGGUUCUCCUUUGGUGUGGUUCUCACCAUGUGGGCACCUCUUUGUCUGUCCUCCGCAGGCUGGACUCUGGCUCGUAUCGCAGAGGAUCCUGUCAUUCCUGCUGUCUCUCCCAUGGAGCCGCAGUUCCAUGAACUCGCCCUUCACGACAGGCGCCCCGUCUCUGGCGAGCACAGUCACAUUUCCCAGUGCAGGCUGGGAAAGAUGCUGCCUUUGGAGAAGGCGUUUGCCACCCCCAGGAACUCCCCAGCACUCGCAGAACUGCCCAUGCUGGUGGCAGCUGGGGACCAGCAGGAGGAGACCAUCCCCAGGAGGGCCCCUGCUGACCUCAAGUUGUCCUGCCUGCCCUUCUGGACCUUUGUCUACCAGGAGGCAGCUGGGACCCACUGGGCCCUGGCUCAGCUCUACGAGCUGUGCCACCAGUGGCUGCGGCCCGAGGUACACUCCCAGGAGCAGAUGCUGGAGCUGCUGGUGCUGGAGCAAUUCCUGAGCAUCCUUGCCUACAAAGUCCUACUCUCGGUGGAGGUGCAGCAUCAUGAGAGUUGUAAGAAGGCGGUAUCCCUGGUGGAGGACCUCACCAAGGCCCUGGAGGAGCCAGGCCCCUCCGGUGGCGGCUGGAUGUCCAGUGCCAUCUCUUCAUUGCCUUCAUGGCCGGUGGUUCACAGCCCUCCUUGUGCUGGAGUUGGCAUUUAUGGCCGUUGUGGUUUCUGCCUCUUCCCAUGAGGCUGAGGUAAGGCGUCCUCAGGCUUGGGCCUGGGUGUGGGAGCUUUGUUGGUGUGUGUAUGGGGGGUUCCUCAGGGUCAGUGGACAAAGGGUAUGUUCUCACAGUUUUCCAGAAGUUUUGUAGCGCACACGGUGCCAGUGUGCCUGGGCGCUUGUUUCCCCACAUCCCACCAGCACUGGGCUUUGUUGCUUUUGAGAUUUCCACCAUUGCAGUGGGUAGCAAAGUGUUCCCUUCUUUGUGGCUUUAGUUUGAGUUUCUGGGCCGCCCCUGAGCUUGAGCUUCCUUUGCUUUCUUCUUCGCCUCCUCUGCUUUGUCAGUCAAGGACAAGGACAGAUACGGGGUCCAUGGGGCCCUGGGACCUGCUGUGAUAUGCGCAUGCUGGGCCUCCCUGCUGCUGAGUCUGAGAACUCUUCGCUCUGCCUAGGGCCUGUGCAGGGGAGGCAUUGGGGUCUCCCUGACCGGUUUGGGGGUGCCCAGCCAUGGAGCACAAGUCUCAACUUUGCCUUCCCUUCUCCCCAGCCUGUCCCGCUCCAGAAACAGGGCAGCAUAGGGGAGGAGACCAAAGAGGCCAAGCCCACAAGGGCAGAGCCAGAGGUGGGGGUGGGGCGCCUUGCCCAGGGCUCUCUAGUCCUGGCCCUGAGGGCCAGAGUCUGUUGCACCCUCCCUGGUGUAUCAGACCUCUCGCUCCCCACAUUGUUAAUAUGCCGCCAACUGCCCAGGGAGGACAAUGGGCUGGGGCCUGGCCAGGGGAUGAGGAGUGGGAGUGGCCCCAGGUUCCAGGGCUGGGCACCCGAGGCCACGGCCUCCCUGGGAAACCCAGUGAUGAGCCUGGCCCAGGGUGUGGGCCAGGGUCGGGGUAUGGGAGGUCUGUGCGCUCAAAGGGAGGGACCUGGAGUGCAGGCCUGGUGGCUCCUUACUGUGAGCUCUCCCCAAGCCCAGUUUGUGGUGACUCCCAGCCCCUCCCUCUGGCCACAUCUAAUGCACCGGCCCUCCCCUCCCGCACAGCCCUGCCAGCCACAGCCCUCCUCCUCUCUCUUCCUGCUGAUCUGCUGCCCUUAAGUUCCACCUCCCACCAGUCAGGACUCUGCCUGCCACCCCAUGUGGCAGCCCCUCCCCACUCCCGUGCUCCUUGUGCUUCUGCACUGAGGCUGUGCUGCCCUCGGGGCCUUGUAGGCUGUCUUCCCUCUUCAGAGACACAUCCCCUGGACCUUCUGGGCCCCAUGGCAGUGUCACCACAGGGCCUCCCACUUUAUCUCCUUCAUAGCCUUUGUCUGGGGUAUCUGUCUGUCUGUCUCUCUUGAGGGAAGUGAGCUUAGCUGUCUGGGUCCUGUGAUCCCCUGGGUGCCAGCCGGAGCCCCAGGCAGUGUGGAGGGAUGGAGGAGACUUUGGGGACCUCUACAGCAGUGGUUCUCAACUAGAGCGCAAUUUGUCCCCCUUCUGUUGCCAGUACUUUGGGGUGGGGAGUGCUCCUGGCAUCUAGAGGGAAGAGGCCCGGAUACUGGAAAUCAUCCUGCAGUGCUCACCACAGGCUCCAGCACAAAGAGUGUCCACAAUGCCAAUGCCAAGAAACCCUGCUCUCGUGUUAACCUGGGGGCAGGGUCCAGGGAAACCUGGGGUCCCCAUGCAGAACCUGCAAAAUGGUGGGUAGGAGCCCCAAGGACAGUGCUGCCCCCAGUAUUCUUGCUGUGGUUGUGGGACCGAGGGUCCACCCUCUCUCUGGAUGGGAAGCCUCAGCUGGGGCUGUGCUGCUAUUUCAGAAGCUGAAGUUUCCAGAGGUGCCUCUGUACCUGGAGGAGUGGGGGCACCUGGACGCAGCAGAGGAGAACCUGGAGACCUAACGGAAACUGCUCUUGUGGGGCGAGACACUCCUCCCGCGGCCUCUACUCCGUCCUCCAUCCUAUUCCAAAACUGCUGGCCUGGGGCAUCCUGACUCUACUUGGGGCUUUGGUUAGGAUACCACAGUGUUUUAAAUGUACUUCAACUUGAAUGUGUUUUAAACGUAUUUGACUUUGACCUUGAAUUCAUUGGCCAACGUCCCCACCCUGGUCCCCACAGUUCCUGGUCUCCAUGUUUGAGUCCUGCGAGGGCCCUGGGCUUUGUGCUUGCAGCUCCUGCCUUCAGGACCUGAAGCUUCUGAAUCUAGAAAGAAAUCCUGACCCCAAAGUGUUGACUUCCCCAUCCUUGUUGGUGCAGAGACAGGGUCUCCGGCCUUCUUGUGUGGACAUCUUUUCCCCAGAAACCGUCCUUUGUAUGGAGGCCCCAAUACAGAUUCGUGAACUCUUUAUAGCUUUAAUUUUAUGUUAUUUUGUAACUUUGCUUUUCCUUGAAUUCCCCCCACUCCCCGCCUGCCCAUUGACCCUUUCAGUCUUGCCCCACAGACCCUCUUCUUCAUCCGUUUGCCAUGUUCUCAGAACCCCCAGCCCUGCAGGGCGCUGAUGGGGAGUCAGCUUUGGCAGGUGUCCUGGUGCAGACAAAAGGACCAAAGCUGCAGUCCUGGUCUUGGCCAGCCUGUGGGGCUUGAGGCCUGUCAUCAGCUGCUUUCCAUUCUGUUUUCAGUGUCUCUUUUAGUUUUUCUGUUAUUUUGACCCCGCUCAGGGUAUCAGCUUGCCUAGCCUGAUGCUGCCUGCAAGCUGGAGACAGAGGAACUUCGGUUGGCUGACGGAGAACCACCCGAAGGCAGCUUCCCAGGCAACAGGAGGUGGCAGGAAAACAGAGAGUGUGUGCGAGGAAGGCUCCACGUACAAGAAGCUGAUAGAGAGGCUUGUGAGGAAAGUUUUGUGUGCCCCUUGACGGGCACUGCCCGGGAGGAGGAAGAACAGCUGCAGAAGGCUCUGGAUCCUCAGGAGGGGGACCCAGGCCCUAUCACCAUGGCCCACAGGCAGUCCGUCAUCCGGGACCCCGCCCAGGACAGGGGCACAGCUGGGGAGAGCCUUACUGUGCCCGUAAUGCCAGCCACCCCACACCAAGGCCAUGGAAGAAAGAGGCCCUACCCGGAGGAUGUGGGUGACCAGGGCCCCAAGUGUGUCUCCAGCACGAGCCACCACCAGCAGUGCAAGGUGAAGAAGGAGCCUGCUGCAGCUGGCUGCAGCACAGGGUCCCUGGCCUGGCAGGCUUGGGGGACCUCUGCUGCGAGCUGCCCUGCAGCCGACGAGCCUGGGGCAUCCCGAGGGAAGCCCUACAUGGGCAGCUAGCGCGGGGAGACCUUUAUGUGGAUCUCACAUUUCAUCGAUCAUCUCAGGAGCCACAGUGGCAGGAAGCUCUACACAUGCCAGGACUGCUGGAGAACCUUCCACUUCAGCCUGGCCCUGGCUCAGCACCAGAAAACCCACGAGAAGGAGAAAAGCUAUGUGUUGGAGAGGGCCCUGGGCACCCACCCUGCCACCCAUGGAUCCUGUGCCGGUGGGAGGAUUGGCGGGCUCCCGGAGUGCACAGAAGGUGAUGUUUUCCCUCUGUAGUCUGAGGCACAGAGAGGAGCCGCUUUGCUCUAAGUGUCCCCAGAGCAGGACAGCUCUGCUUGCCUGGGAGUCCUGAGCAGUGUUUCUGGCUUCUUCAGAACCCAUGCGUGGCUUCCUGCAGUGUCUGUGUGCACACAAGUGUGCUUGUUUUCUAGAUAAGCUCAUGUGGCUAAAGCACUUAGAACCCAGGAAGGGCCCGUGGGAAGCCCUCACCUCCUUGAAAACACACCCGUGCAGAUGCUCGCAAGUGAGCACAAGCCAUCAGAUGUGCAAGAAGACUCUUUCUUCUGGAGCCAUUUUAUCACCACCCACACUUUGGAACAUUUGUCAGUGUUCAAAGUGUAGAGUUGCCUUAAGGUGUGUGAUCUGCCAGCUCGUCCUUGAAGUCAGCCUUGUCUCCCUUCCUCCUGUUUGAGCUCCCCAGCGCUGUUGUUCAAGCAGAAAUCUUGCCAGCUGUUUUGGCCUUUUCAUAAAUACGCGAUGUCAAGUUCACUUCUGAAUCCUCGAUAGCAAACUGUGUCCCGGUUGAACUCACAUGUUUUUAUGUGGGUGGAGUGACUUACAAAGAUCAUGGAAAUGCUUGGAGCCUAGUAAUGCAGUGUUUUCACACUGUGCAUCUCAGCCCAUUAGUGAGUUGUUAAAUCAAAUUGGUGGGUGGCUACCGGCAUUACAAAGCAAUAGAGUAGAAUAAAACAGCUCAAAAUUCAUCAUGUAGUAAAGGUAAAUACUGUUUUGCGAAACUUUUCAGCCAUAUAUCUAAAUAUAAAAACUGGUCACAACGUAAAAUCUAUUUUUUACUGAGUAGGGGGAGGUCAUGAUCAAAACAGGUUGAAAACGCUAAUAAAGGUUGAUGAGUUCUGUCUGUCUGAGUAAGGGUAACGUAACUCCUUGGGCUACAUAAGGUGAUCUUUUGAUUUUUGCAUUGAAUUCGGAUUACAGCAUUGUUUCUGUUGCCUGAGCAUAAACUUAACUGCUUCCUAUAGAUACAGAAACUGGUGCCUCCUUCUGUCACUGUGUUUGAGCAUGGUGUCUGUUGUAAUGAUUCCCAAAUCACAGGGGCUUAACAAAAGAAGUAUUUCUUCCGUCA